UAUGUAUUUGUGGACAGUUUCUCCUCAGAGACCGAACAUGGUGGAUGGCAUGAGAACAAUUGCUUUGAAUCUGGAAUUUGGGGCAUCACACAACCAGACAUUUGAAAGAACAAUAGCUGUGCAUUUCAGUGAUCCUUUCCAUGUAAGCAGCCGCGUUAUUGACAGAUGCAAUGAAGGUACUCUGCUUCUUCAGGUGAUCCUGCAAUCCCAAGUUCAGGCCACUCUCACAGUAUAUGAUGCUUGGCUUGAACUUCAAGAUGGUUUUGUUCAUGCUGGACGAGCUGAUGGUCGACCAACUUUGGUCUCCUUUCCUCUUGCAGUUUCUCCAACCUCUAAAGGGGGAAUAAUCUUCAACAUCUCCUUAGGGAGGACAAUUGGUAAAGGUGAAAAUGGUGCAGAAAAGCCAGAAAGCAUAUUGAAUAUCAGAUAUGGAAUUUCUGGUGACAGAACCAGUGGAGCACAUCCCCCAGUGGCUAUGGAAUAUUCUGGAUCUGAUUCUGCAAGGAAGGACCUGACUUUCAGGAGUGUCCUUGUACUGCAAAGGCCCGUGCUCGACCCAUGCAUGGCUGUUGGUUUUCUUCCACUUCCUUCAGUCGACCUCAGAGUUGGGCAACUUGUUCCCAUGAAAUGGAGAGUUGAAAUGUUGCAAGAUAUGGAGGACAAGGAAAUCUCGAAACACAAUGGGGAGGUGUUGUAUGAAGUGAAUGCGAAUCCUGAGAAUUGGAUGAUUGCUGGAAGGAAGAGAGGAUAUAUACCUCUUUCGAAAAAGCAAGGUUCAAGGAUAGUGCUAUCGGUGUUGUGUGUGCCUCUAGUUGCUGGGUACGUCCGACCUCCACAAUUGGGACUGCCUAAUGUCGAUGAGUCCGACAUAAGCUGCAACCCUCCCGGGCCUCACUUGGUUUGCAUAAUGCCUCCAACACUCAGCUCUUCUUUCUGCAUCAUCAUGCUUCUUAUACUGCUGAAACCGGUGCAAGGGGCAUCACAUUGGACCCAAGUAAGGUUGCUACCAGUGUCGAUAUCUAGCUCGAAGGCCUUUGGUGGAUUGCCUAUGUUUAUCGAGAUCAUGGUGAGGAAGGAGAAGAAGUUGUUCAUUGCUUUCACUUGGCUGGUGGUGGUGCUUAUUGUGGCCGCCAUUGGUGUUAAUGAUGUGCCUGCCACUGGCCAACAGAGCUUCGAGCAUCUGGUUCAACCCCAAGCAGGUUGCCGCUGCUGCAAUUUUGUUGGGAGGGUCCCCAAUCUCAGAUGUGGGGGAGUUUGCUGCGUGGAUGGUUGUUGCUAAAUUAUGGUGGUGAUGAGUGAAUUAUGAAUAUCAUGAUACGAUGCCUGCAGGUGGUGGCUUUGUGAUAAACCGAAUAAAUAAAAUUUUCUGA